CUGUUCUUCCCCAUUAGCUUUCUCUGUUUUUGGCUGUGCAAAAGCGUUUUACUCAACUGCAUCAUAUAUACACACACACACAUAUAUAUAUAUGUAUUGGAAAUUGGCGUGGCCUCGUAUUUGAAAACUUGCUCUUUUUGAUUGUGUGUUUUCCCCCGGCUUUGCACUCUACCACGCUUUUUUCGUGUGUUCCAUCUCGCUCUCUCUCUCUCAUAGACACACACACACUCCCCUCUCUAUAUGAAGACUCGCUUACUACUCGCACUCGGAUGCAUUCUCUUGCACUCGGCAUUGGCACAAUUCCCAGACCCCUCCAUCGAGUACGGCUAUGCCCUCAUUUACAACUCUCAGCCACUCACCCACGACACCCUGGGCGCGACAAGCAAUAGUCAAAAGAACUCGCCCCUCGUUAUUGGCAUCUUUUCAAAUGCCCCUGCAGUAAAGGGCGAUAUCGUGCCGUUUGCUGGAAUGCCUUUGCCUGGGGACAAUGCAGAGGGCCUGCUGAUUCACUAUAAUGACGGAUGCACACCCGCCCCAAACAUUAGCCUUCCUCUCGAUAAGCCAACUAAUCGAUUUGUCGGGCUCUUGAAUGCAACCAGUCCCGUCGCUCCCUGCCCCUUUCCUCAGCGCAUUACAGAUACCAUCACCCAUCUCAAAGCUCACAAUGGCGUCGGGCUCGUUGUGUACGGCGACGGAAGGCAUCCCGUUAUCCGGUCCGCCAUCACCGCUUCUUGGCCCACUGAAUUCGCUUUGCCAACCUAUUUCAUAGACAUGGGACUGGGUGGAUUCUUGGAAAAUUUCAUGGGCUCCACCGUCAAUGGAAGCGAGUUCAAGUUUGGCCCAGAUCAGAGCGUGCCGCUAGUGGUUGGCCAGCCCUUUCCCCCCAAUUUCCCUCUCCCCGCCCAACAACAGCUGGUCAAUAUCAUGGUGAGAAUUGCCCUCCGCCGCGGCUCCCAAUCCCCCUUUCCCCCUCUCUGGAAAUUUGCCCUUGUUUCCCUCGCCAUCUUUACCGGUCUGUCUAUCCCUGCCGCCUACUUUUUACGACGCCGCGCCGCGCGGCAACUCCGCGGCCCUCUCCCCGGCCAACCGCCCGCGCCCACCCUCCUUUCAGCCUCCCACCUCCAACACCAUCCGCUGGUCGUCUUUGGCGACCUCCCUGAUGCCGCCACAAUAGAUCCAACCUGCUCCAUUUGCCUGGACGUGUACAGUCCCACGACCAUGGUCCGCAAACUCGUCCCCUGCGGACACGUCUUUCACCCGUCGUGCGUCGAUCGAUGGGUCACGGAAGUAGCGGGCGUAUGUCCCCUCUGUCGCGUGGAUCUGGUUGGCAAAGGAGCGGAACAAGUUGUACCCGUGCGGUGGUGGACGCGCGUUUGGCGCAAGCUGACGAGACGCAAUGGGACGCCAACUGCCGUGGAUGUGGAAUUGCAGAGCGUCGCUAUCCUUCCUACUGCUGGUCCGGGCUCGAAUGGAACGGCGAUACCCGGGACCGUGAACGACCAUGUCGACCAUGGUGAAAACGCUAAUGUGCAUGUGGACCAUGAACCGACACCCCCACCCCCGGCUGUCACUGCGUUACGGGACCCACCUGUAUAAUUUAUCCCAUUUUCUGUGUAUAGAAUAUUGCUUAUGUGUGUGUAUGAGUGUACCUAGGAGAUUAUAUAUUUUCGAGUGUUGGGACGGGGGAUUCUCAAAACGAACAUUUUUUUUUUUUUUUUUUAAUAAAAGAUGUUGAGAAUUGA